AUGUCUUCUAUGGAUACAAUUCCUUCUUAUUCCACUAUCGAUAUCAUUCGCAAGCAUCUCCUUGAUGAUCAUGACGACGUUUCCAAGAUGCACUCCCCGGCGACAAAUCCCGGCUGUGAUCAGACCGGUUCUAGUAGCGAAAAUGCUCCGGUGUCUCUGAAAAAGAAUGGGGAAGAGGAGUCAGGUGAUGGUGAAGAUAACCAAGUGAAAUCCAAGAAUGUGAAGAAAAAGAGAAAGACGGCGGAGAAUGCAGAGGACGAGGUGGUGGAAUGGACGCGUUACAGAGGCGUAAGGCGGCGACCAUGGGGGAAGUUCACGGCGGAGAUAAGAAAUCCGGAGAAGAAAAAGGCGAGAUUAUGGUUGGGUACUUACAACACUCCGGAGGAAGCUGCUGUGGCUUAUGAUAAAGCAGCUUUUAUGUUCCGUGGCACAAGAGCUAAAGUCAACUUCCCUCUGUUACUGCGCAAGGGUGAUUAUAAGCCGGUGUCGUCUUCCUGCUCGUCGAAUUCAGAUAAUGGAAAAUGCAAGAAAAAAGCCGUGGUGGAUCCACCCACAACCACCACCACCACCUGUUGGAAUGUGGGACAAGAUGAUUCUUCUCCGUCAAGCACCCUAGAAGAACCGCCAGCUACCACCAAUGUCACCGUCGUGGAGGAUGCGAGAAACGAUAGAUGCUUCCAUAGGGAGUCACCGGGAAGCACUGUGCAUUCGCCAACCACCUCCGUAAGCCUUGACUCAUUAUGGAAUUUCCAAAUGAGUACAUUGCCACCGAUUUCACCAACACUGUCUAUCGGCGACUACACCGGCCAUUCUAACCAAGCAUCCUCCAAACUCGAUAAUGUGAGUAGUUUCGAUGACUCCUUGUCCACCACCAUUCAUGCUUGUCGGGGAGUUGCCACCGAUGAUUACUGGCUUUCCAACGCAGAGCCGGUGGUUGCUAUGGCCACCACUACCUCCGUACUUGCGGAGGAGAGUUGUGACAAUGACUCAUUUUGGGAUACAUUAGUCCAAAAUACAAUUGAUUCUCCGACCACCACCUCCACCUCCGAAGAUGUGGAGAUGUAUAGUGGUGAUAUUGACAGCAUAUGGAAUUUCGAAAUGGAUGUAUCGACGUCAGAGUAUUUCCCGACGAUCAAUGGGGAAUCAUAUACACUAAACAUGACAAACAGAGCAGAUAACGGCAGUAGUGAACAUGACCCACUGUGGGAUCUCCAAAUUGAUACAUUAAUACAUGAUGAUUUAUUUUUUCUUGACUGUUUGUAA